AACAUGGGAAAUGUAGUUUAGACGCGGAGUCUGGGGUCGCCAUCAUCAUGCAUGGUUUCCCCCCGAUGUUCAGCCAGUGACGAUAUCAGCAGGCAUUAGGUGUUUGUUUUAAGAACACGUACUAGAAGUAGAUUUCUUUUUGUUUCUGUUGUCGUUUUAUUUAGGCUUUUGCCAGUGUAUUUGCUUCCCUUCAUCGUCUCCGUUCGCGGGGAUCUCAGAGGUAACGUUCGCUAUUUGAGGAGCUAUGUACAACGGCAUUGGCCUGACCACGCCGCGAGGCAGCGGCACUAACGGCUAUGUGCAGCGUAACCUGUCGAGCGUGCGUGCAAAGCGUCCACGGGACGAGCGCGGUGGCGAGCGGGACGAGAAGGACCGUGAGAGGCUGGAGAGCCAGCUGAACCGUCAGCCCAACGCAGAGAUCCUGGAGCACCAGAGAAAGAGGCAGCUGGAGGUCAAGUGUGCAGAGCUGCAGGACAUGAUGGAAGAGCAGGGGUACUCAGCUGAGGAGAUUGAAGAGAAGGUGAACAGCUUCCGCAUGAUGCUGCAGGAGAAGCAGGAGUCGCCUUCAGCCCCUACCGAGAGACCAUCGGCGACAGAGACUCACGCCCUGGCUGCAGCCAAUCAGCAGAAGAACGACCGGCUAAAGGCGGCGUUCGGCAUCGCCACUGACUACGUAGACGGCUCCUCCUUCCACCCAGAACGCAAGGAGCGAGAGAAGGAGAAGAGGGAGCAGGAGAGGCUGGAGAAAGAGAAGCAGCAGAAAUACGUGCUGGUAGAAGAGUCAGAGGACUCGGACUCACCAGCCCGAAAGCAGAGCCGUAAGAAGAAGAAAAGGAAGAAAAACAAGAACAGAGACAGCUCAGAGAGUCCCUCCCUCUCUCCUACACGGGUGAAAACUAAAAAGAGGAAAAAGAAAAGCUCCUCAGACGAGAAGCAGGCGUCCAAGAAAAAACGCAAGAGAAGUGAAAAUGAGACUCCGCCCCAGGGUAAGACACGGCGCCAUAGGAGUGGGUCCUCAAGCUCUGCUCACAGCCAAUCCCCUCCCCUGCUGAGAGAGAGGCAGCAGAACCAGCCAGUCAAGAGAGCAGAAGAAGGGAGAAGGGGGCUGGCUCCUGACAGGAGGGGUUGUAGUCGUGAGGACGGGAGUCCACAGCGUCCAGGAGGCAGAGUGAGAUCUCCCAGGUAUCACAGCUCCCCUGAACGCCGACCGAGGGCAAACAAGGAAAAGGAGAAGGAGCGACUGAAGGACAAAGAGAAAAAAAGAGAGAAGGAGCGUGAGAAAGUGAAGCCUACAAGAAAGAGACACGACUCCUCUUCCCCCUCUCCUCCUCGACUGGAACGAGAGAAAGCCAGGCGCUCCAGAAGUGGAGAGCGAGAGAAGGAUAGAGGAAAUCAGAGAACAAUGCUGCAGAGGAGCAGAGACGACUCUUCAUCCCCCUCUCCACCCCCGAAACAACCGGACACCAGGAAACAGAGGAGCGGAAAGGAGGACAAACCACAAAGACGAGACUCCUCUGUGUCUCCAUCACGAGAAAAAGAGGGAGCAAAGAGUAGAGAGGGGGAGCGAGGAAAGGAAAGAAAUGUUCCCCCCCGAGCCCCAGCUGACAGAGAGAGGGGGAGAGGGAAUGAGAAAGGACCUCUCCCUAGUCGGAAAAGCGAUGGAGGGAGGGGUAGAAACUCAUCCCGCGACUCCACAUCCCCUGUCCCUCAAUCACCUCUCGCCAAUGGACGACAGAAAGAAAGGGAGCGUGAGGGAAGGACAGAGAACGAGUGGAAACCGGAGGAGAGGGGUAAAGGGAGGGAGAGGGAAUUGAAUGAAGAGAGGCAGAAACAAGAUGAGCGGAGGAAGCAGGAGAGUGAAAGGGAAAAAGAGAGGGAGCGAGACCGAGAUGGAGGGAGAGAGCGCGAGAGAUCUGGCAGAUUGUCUUCUACUCAACAACAUCCGUCUAUCUGUUUGUCUGAAGACCUCCCCGUGGAGCGAAUUGGGGAGAGGGGGACAGUCGAGAGGGAGCGAAAAAGACAAACUGACGAGGACACCAGGUGGGAGAACAGAGACCAAAGCCUGUCGGAAAAAGAGCAAGACAAGGAGAAGCAGAAAGCGAAGGAAAGCAGCAGCAGUAGCAGCGGGAGUGACAGCGACAGUUCUUCCUCAUCCUCCUCUGGCUCAUCAUCUUCUUCAUCCUCCGACGAGGAAGAGAAGAAAAAGGGAACCAUGGUGAAGAGCAGCCUGGCGAAGAAAGCCCUCCCCUCCCUCAUCGCUCCACCCGCCGUAGGUGCCGCCUUCCAGAGGUAUGUGGCCAAUGGGGACAGAGGGAGCGCUUCGGAGAGUGACGAACAGAGAGCUAUAGGGAGAGAGAAGGAAUGUGAGAGAACGGGAGGAGGGGACAGGGUCAUGCUCUCUGAAAGGGAAAACCCGCCCCCUGCUGCCCAACGUCCCCCUGCUGCCGAACGCUCCCCCACAGACAGAGAGAAGGAGCGAGGGAGGGGACAGGAGAGGUACAGCCCAACGGAGGUAGAGAGCUCCAGCCCUCCACCCUCUCCUCCCAGAAGAGGAGCCCCCCAAGGCAGAAGCGAGAGGUACGCCCCCACUGAAGAGGAAAGAGAAAAGGUGCGGGAGAAGGAGAGAGAGGGAGGGGUGAAGAGCCAGGCCAGGAGGGCAGAGAGGCACAGCCCCUCUGAGCAGGAAUGGGAGAGGAAGAGGGCGCCCUCCCCAAAAGCCCCCGCAAUAGCAGUUGUCCCGCGGCCCUCCCCUCGCCGCACCCCCACGGCAGUACCAGGACCCCCAGCCCUCGACGACAAGCCAGCACCCGGAGAGCCUCGCCUCCUACCCGCUCCCCGACUCGCGCCUACGCACCACGGCGGAGCCGCAGCCGGGAGCUAGAGCACAACCGAGAGAGGCAGAGAGCGAGGGAUAGAGGGGGGAGGGAUUGCUCCAGAGACAGAGGAGCCAGGAGGAGCAGGUCGAGGAGCCCCAGAAGACGCAGUCCCCUCUACAGGUCUCGGCGAUCCCCCUCUCCCAUUCGAGGAAGUAGAAGCAGCCUCUCGCUAUCCAGAGAAAGGCGGAGAGACCAGGAGAGAGAGAAGAAUAGAGAGCUGGAGAGAGCGAGGGAAAAAGAG